AUGUGUGAUAUAAAGGUGUUUGUUGUCGUUCUGAUUAUCUUCUUAACUGAUGCUCGUCCAAUUUCUUUAAACAAUAACAAACUUACCCCAUUCUUUCUCCAACAAGUUCAUCUCAUUGAAUCACGCCAUUCACCUAGUCUUGACGGACAACUAUUGAAUCAAGCCUAUUUGGAUCUGUUGCCGAUCGAUCGUCUACUUUAUACUUAUUAUCAAAAUGCCAAUUUGAGUGUGAAAGGUAUUGAGCCAUUAGGUGGAUGGGAAUCGCCAGAUAGCGACAUACGUGGUGUUUUUCUGGCAUUUUAUCUUCAAGCAUCAGCGAAAGCGUAUUUAGCCUAUAAUGAUACACGUCAAUUGGCAAAAGCUUAUUACCUUGUCAACGAAUUGUAUCGUGUACAACAAAUUCUUAAUGAAUCGGGUUUUCUUGCUGCAUGGCCAUCGGAGCAUUUGCGAAGAUUAGAGCGGUUAGAAAAGGUUUGGGCACCGAUCUAUUGCUACGAAAAACUUCUCCGUGGCCUCUCCGACAUGUACACUCUUACAGGUCUCACUUUAGCCGGUGAGAUGAUGCAUGAUAUGCUCGAAUAUUUAUACACUUGGGUAAUUCAUUGUAUAAAGACAUACUCCAUUUCUCAUUGGCAUACGAUGAUUUUUAGUACUACAGACUAUGAAUACGGUGGUAUUAGUGAGUUUCUUUAUGAACAAUAUGGGCUUACUGGUGAUAGACGCUUUUUUUGGAUGGCUCAACAAUUUGAAGAUGGACAUUUUCUCGGAGCCCUCUCGCUUAAUGCUGAUUUUCUCACUGGUAUACAUGCUAACUCACAUGUGCCACCAGUACUAGGCAGUGGUCGACGCUAUGCAAUUACUGGUGAACCACAAUAUCGAGCCAUUCUAGAAAAUUUUUACUCAAUUGUAUGGAACAAUCAUACCUAUUCGACCGGUGGAUCUAAUGGUGGUAAUGGCUCAGUUGGAUUCUACCAACAAGAGCACUAUAGUGAUGCUAAUCUUCUAUCACAAACUCUUUGGAAUAAUAACCAAGAAUUCUGUGUUCAAUACAAUAUGCUGAAAGUGAUUCGAAUUUUGAUUGAAUGGACUGGUCAAGUAGAAUACGUCAAUGCUUACGAGCGAGUAUUUGUCAACAGUAUUUGGGGUACACAAGAUCCGAGUGAACCCGGUCAUAUGUUAUACAGUUAUCCAUUGGGAGAAAAUGUUAGUAAACCGAAUUCUGUGAGCAGUGGAGGUAUCGGCUUCGGCUCUCAAUUUGAUAGUUUCUGGUGUUGUUACACUACAGCUAUUGAUCAAUGGACAAAAAUGAGUGAUUCAAUCUACUUCUUCGACAAACAGAACGGAGUCACCUCGGUCUAUGUAAAUCUGUUCAUUGCCUCAGAACUUGAUUGGCGUGUACAAGAACAUAUAUUGAUUCGUCAGACGACUGCCUUUCCUCGAGAAACAACUACAAUUCUUACAUUAACUACAUCAAUCGAUAUUGUUACAUUGAACAUAUACCUUCGCGUGCCAUCUUGGAUUGCCUCCAAUGAAUCCUGGAUUGAGAUCAAUGACGUACGACAACAGAUUGAACUGACACCUUCGACUUAUGUUCUACUUCCUAUUAGUCACUGGAAAACAAAUGAUCGUAUUAUGUACAAUAUGGCUAUGAGACUAUAUAUUGAACCGAUCAAUGAUAAUCCUCAAUUAGUAUCUAUUCUAUUUGGACCCAUUGUUCUUGGUGGUUUGACUACAAAGGCAAAAACAUUGCGGCGAGAUAUGAACUUUAUUCGAAGAUUAAAUUCUACAGUUCACGAACCGAUUCAAUUCGAAGCAACGACUCUGGAUAAUUCUACUUUCCGAUUAUUACCUCUCUAUGAAAUUGUCAAUGAAACGUAUACAGUUUACUUCCCACUUGGCUAA